GCGUUUCUUGCCUUUUUCUCCCCCAAACACGGCGGUUUUUUUUUUCUUUUCCUUUUCUUUGGGAGUUUACGGACGCCAAAAACACGAUACCAUGGGGAAAAGCAUACGUCUUGUUUUUUUUUUUCCUAGCUGUACUUUUAUACCUCUUUUUGACUUUUUUGCUCUAUAUAGCUUCAAGUUUCUAAGCUUCUUCUCCAACCCCCGUUAUUCUUCUCUCCACACGAUACUCAAAAAAAGGAAAAUAGUUCUUUCAGGUACUUAUCCGAUAAUGUUUGCUAAAGAGGGGAGGGGAAAAAAAGAAACUGUGCAACGUCUCGUGGAUAUUGUGUCAAUAGUGUGAAUUGAGGCCCCCUUUUUUAGUCGUGGUUUAUGGUUUUUUGAGGGUUUAAGUUGGUUGGUAUUGUAGAGAUUUUGUAUCUUGCUGAUGGGGGAGAGAGCUGGUCUACAUGUA